AUGAACGGUUCGGGCUGGUAUCCUUACGGCUACAACACCCCUGCGGCGCCGAUGAUGAGCAACACGCAGUACGUGGUUCUCCCGCGGUACAACCCCAGCCACCCGUUCAUGCUUGUGCACGAGCAGUGUCGGCAGCCCGUCCACGACUCGAACGAGCAGGCUGCUCACGCCGCCGCUUGGUACCAGCACCAACCGGCCCAGAUUUAG